UGUAUGUAAAUAAACAUUCUUGUUGCUGAAGUGGAGAUUUUUUUGGUUUUUGUUUUAAAAAAUGUACACGAAAUAUUAACUAGACUUGAAAUUAUAUUAGCAGAGGGAUGUGUGCUUUACUGGUCGUGGUAGGAGUACCGAUAGUCUUGUGAUGGUGUUCCACGCACUGUAUUCCUUGUUUCGAAGGUUUGUCGAUGCCAUUUUGCAAAUGUUGGGCGUAAGUUCGUCAUCUCCUCGGAUUGGUGGUUCCCCAAAUACACUUCACGUGCAUGUCAAGUACGCCGGUCGCACGGUUCAAGUGGACCUCGACCCGUCUUGGAGCGUCUCUCGGGUCAAGGACGAGAUUGCACCCUUGCUCAAAGUCAACCCAAAUGAGAUCAAAAUUAUUUUUGCAGGGAAUGAGCUUCCAGACUCGUUUUUGCUCGAGACCUGUGACGUGGGACAACAAAGUUAUCUUCACGCUGUUCGUGUCCAAAUUCAAAACUCAGCAGCAACAGCCUUAUCUGGAGGAGACAAUUUAAUGAGAGCCGAUGUCUCGAACAACGCGGGGGCUGCUGAAGUUCCCAUGCCACAUUUGAGGACGAGAACAUUUUCCAGUAACAACGAGGAGGACGCUGAAGGCGGAGGAGGAGCGAUAUCCUCAGAAUACAAUAACCAUCUAGGAACGGAAGAUGAGAACCCAACAACAACAACAUCGGUAGCACCAGCGGCGGAUAAGCAGUCAGACUUUUUCGUCUUUUGUCCAGAAUGCAAUGAUCUCAAGGAAGGUAAACUUCGUGUCCGAUGUGCAGUUUGUCUCUCUGGAGCAUUUAUGGUACACAGACCUCCGGAAGGGUGGGACGACGUGUUGGUGCCUUCGCGUAUAUUGGGCAUAUGUGACGGUGAUGGGGGUUGCGAUGGAAGAAGGACUGACACAACGUAUGCUCAAUUUUACUUCAAGUGUACACAGCAUGUGACCAAGGGGGAGGAUGACUCUGCUUCUCCACUCUCGUUGAUAAGGAGGAAUCGCGAACAAGUACCGUGUUUGGCUUGUGGGGAUGUCAAGGAAGUCGUUUUCAUCUUCCCUUGCCAACUGGCUCAUGUAACCUGCACCGACUGUUUCAAAGAUUAUGCACUGGCGAACUUAAACCAGCGAGGAUUCAUUCAGGAUCGGGAUGUUGGCUACACUUUGGGAUGUCCUGCACUCUGCACAAACUCGCUAAUCAAUGACCCUCAUCAUUUUAAGAUACUGGGAAAAUAUCAGUAUGACCGAUACCAACGUUUUGGAACGGAAGAAUGUCUUCUGCAAAUGGGAGGUGUUUUCUGCCCACAGCCAGACUGUGGAAUGGGGAUUAUUCCCCAGGACUCUAAUUGUGAUAAAAUUGCCUGCUUGCAUGGCUGCGAGUACGUCUUCUGUCGUAAAUGUUUGGAAGGAUGGCACCUAGGUCCUUGCCGAUCAGAAGGCCAAAGUCUCCCUUCUGCUGAAGACUGUUCUUCUGGGGGAUACCGAGCAGCAGGGUAUUUUGUGAGUGAAGAUCGGGCUGCCGCAGCCCAAUGGGGAGACCCCACCCGACGUGCCAUGAGGUUGUCCACAAAGCCAUGUCCCAAUUGUCGCGUUCCCACAGAACGAGCUGGGGGCUGCAUGCACAUGGACUGCACAAAAUGCAAAUUCGAAUGGUGUUGGGUGUGUCAGACAAAGUGGACUCGAGAAUGCAUGGGGAACCAUUGGUUUGGAUAAAUUACGCCAUAAAGUCACUUCCGUUAAUAGUCAUCCAAAAAUAUGCAACACAUACCUCAUGUCUUUCUUUGGACAAGGAAAAGGAAAACGUGAAAUAGUGCAUGCAGACAUAAAUUAUAAUAAUGAUGCAGUUAAAGUUAAAAAGAACGACGUUAUUGAUUUUAAUUCUGAAAUAAAUAUAAGUACUGAAUUUUAGAAUA